AUGUCAACAUUAUUAAGAUGUUAUCCUUAUUUUAAAUUUAUUAAACGAAAUUACAAUAAAUCAUAUAUUAAAUCAACUGCCGAAAUAACAAAAAAUUUAUCAUAUACAUUUGAAACAGGACGUCUAGCUAGGUUUGCUGAUGGAGCAGUUGUAUUAACUCAGGGAGAAAAUGCUUUAUUAUCUACGACAGUAAAAGGAAAACCAGAUCCAAAUUUUAAUAGUUUACCAUUAUCAGUAGAAUAUAAACAAAGUGGUGCUGCAGUAGGAAAAAUUCCUAAUACUUUUUUUAGAAAAGAAAUGUUUAAUUCAGAUACAGAUAUUUUGACAGCACGAUGUGUUGAUAGAUCUAUUCGUCCUUUAUUUAAACAGGAUUAUAAUUCAUCAGUACAAGUCAUAUGUAAACCACUAGCAUUAGAUGAUGAUUGUGAUACCACAGUCUUAUCCAUAAAUGCUACUUCAGCCUCUGCAUAUUGUGCCAAUUUACCUUUAAUAUCUCCUGUUGGUGCUGUUAGAGUUGGUUUAGUUGAUGAUAAAAUAAUUAUAAAUCCAAAUAAAUUUGAGAAAAAAAAAUCUAUUGUUGAUUUACUUCUUACAGGAUGUGAAAAUGGUAAAAUUGUUAUGCUUGAAAUGGAGGGUAAGGAAAUACCUUUAGAUGUCUUUCAAGAAUGUGUCAAAGAAGGUUUAACUUCUAUUAAAAAAAUUGUACAAUCAAUUAAAGAAUUAAAUCCAAAUUUUAUACCUUAUAAUCCAGAUAUAUCUGAUAUAUCAACAAUUGAUCUUGAAAUGCAAAAAGAAAUAAUAUUUUUAACUGAAAAUGAAUUAAUGUUUAUUUUUACUGAUGUAUCACUAGAUAAAGAAGAACGUGAUGAAAAAUUAAAAAAUAUUUGUAAUAAACUUUUACAAGAUUUAAAGGCACAGUUUCCUAUCCCUGAUUUUCAGUCAAAAAUUGAGAAAAAUUUUUCCAUAGUUAAAAAAGAUGUAAUGCGUAAGGAAACAAUAAGUUCAAAAAUAAGAAUGGAUGGAAGAAAACUUGAUGAAAUUAGACCUAUUUCAAUGGAAGUUGAUGUCUACAAAAAAUUACACGGUUCUGCAUUAUUUCAAAGAGGGCAAUCACAAGUUUUUUGUACUGUUACAUUUGACUCACCUGAAGCAGCCUUUAGACCUGAUUCAAUUUCUCAAAUACUUGGUACACAGGAAGAAAAAAAGUUUAUGCAUCAAUAUGAAUUUCCAGCAUAUGCUAUAAAUGAAAUCAGUCAAUCAUCAAGGCAAAAUCGUAGAGAAAUAGGUCAUGGAGCUUUAGCAGAAAAAGCACUAAAAAAUAUGAUACCUAAUGAUUUUCCUUAUUCUAUAAAAUUAAACACUCAAGUACUAGAGUCAAAUGGUUCAACGUCAAUGGCAGCUGUUGUUGGUGGAACAUUAGCAUUAUUAGAUGCAGGUGUUCUCUUGAAGUCACCUGUAGCGGGUAUUGCAAUGGGUUUACUUACUUCUGAAAACUCAUCAGAAAGUGAAGAAAAAGUUAUCUUAACUGAUUUGAAUGGUUUUGAAGAUUAUGCCGGUGAUAUGGAUUUUAAAAUAGCAGGUACAAAAAAUGGUUUUAAUGCAAUGCAAUUAGAUAUAAAAAUAGCAGGCUUAACAGUAGACUUAUUGGAUCAAACAUUAAUUGAAUCUAGAAAAGCACUAGAUUUUCUUUUAGAUAAAAUGGCAAUAGUUCAACCAACAGCCAGACCUGAAUUUAAAAAAACAGUUCCAGUAAUUGAAUUAAUAAAUAUACCAAUGAAAGUAAAAAAUCUUUUAUUACAAAAUGGUGGAUAUAAUAUGAAAUUAGUGGAAAGUGAAACACAAACAAAGAUAAAAUUUGAAGAAGAUUUUAAAUUAAGAUUAUUUUCUCCUAAUAAUAAAAAAAUUGAGGAAGCAAAACAAAUGAUAUUUGAUUUAAAAAAUGUAGAAGAUUUUGUAAAACUUGAAUUUGGUGGUUUAUAUGAAACUGAAAUUGUGGAAAUAUUAAAAAGUGGUUUUAUGAUUAAAUUUUAUAAAGGAACAAAACCUGUAUAUAUUAAAAAUUCUGACAUUGGAGGUGGAAAAGCUUUGGUAACAGAUUCAUCUUAUUUUAAUAAAAAAAUUGGAGAUAAAAUUAAAGUUAGAUAUUAUGGUGAUGAUCCAGUUACUGGAAAAAUGAGGCUUUCUUGUGUUAUGAUAAAUUAA